UCUGUGACCCACUCCAGAGCCAGGUCAAGUUUCCGUCUGUUUAAAUGACCUGUAUUUUCAUAUGAAUAGAUAUGAAAUAGAUUUCUUAUAUUGCUGCUUAAAUUCGUUUUAUUCUUUAUUAUUGACAUAUUCUAGGCAGGAAUGCAGUCUGUUCCCCUCAGCUCCGUCGCCAUUGGCCCGCGGCCUGGCGGACACGGUCAGGGCGGCCGGUGUCCAGAGCAGCGUCACCACGACCACCGGAGCAGAACUGCCCUGGCCCAGUGUCACCACGGUCUCCCCACACUGACAGUGACCUCAGUGAGGCCAAUUCCUUUGUUUUAGCCAUAGACUGAACACAUGAUGAACAUUUCAGUAUUUACAUCUGGAUCUGACACACCACAGAGAAGAUGGCACCUUUAGUUUGAACCCAGACUGCUGGAGAAACGAUUGUGGAGGCCUGUGAUUAUAUUAUCACUUGCUUUUUCUAAGGCCACGGAAAUCAUACAAUCAUUCUUAUACAGUGAUUACACAACACAGGACAGUCAAGUUCAUUUUAAUAAUACAAAAUGUAACUUGAAAUUGAAAUUGACGCCAAUAAUUAAAUAGUGGUCGUCAACUUUAGGAAGAGGAGAAAAAGCUUGUCAUGAAUUCAUCGUCCUCCCACACACAACAGAUGCAUAAACACAGAAUCACACAUCCACCAUUAGGGUCUUCAGUUUGAUCAUUGAACAGAAUCAUGUGUGUGUGAGUGAUUUACUGUGAAACUAAGAUGACAAACGUGCUAUUAACUGUAACUUAGCAGUGUGUGUGUGUGUGUGUGUGUGGGGGGAGGGGUCAUGACCCUGAACAAUUCUUAACUCUAAUGAAGGACUGUAUGUCACAGGUGGACAGAGGUGUUUUCUGCACCGCAGUUCAAAAUAAAACAAAUCAUUAGAUUAGACUGAGGGACAUGUGACAUGUCUGUCUAUGUUUUGUUUUUCUUCAUGAUAUGCAGGCCUUUGUUUUUAAUAUAAUAAAUUCAUAUAAAUACCAUCAUUUGCUGACACCAGACACACAGGUACAUACUUGUGUACAUUACUGUCAGUGCUGUUGAAACUCAUAUGUGCCAUUUAUGAAGGAAAAUAUGUCUUUUCAUCAUAUUUGACUCUUGGCUAAUUGUUAUUAUAUCAUCAUUUUUGUGGUGCUGCAUCAUCAUCAUCAUCAUCAUCAAUAAAUGUCUAUAAACGUUUGAACUGUCGACAGUAAAUGAACAGAACACCAGUACACAGCAGCUUAUUCUGAGAACUUAACUUAAGAGUAAAACAGUGGGCGUGUCCCUGUGAUUGUUCGCCAGGUGUUUUUAAUUGGGACUCAGGUGAACAGCACACCAUCAGCGAUAAUAUCUUAGAGUUGAGUUGGAUUAAACAUAUGUAUAUUCAAUUUAAAUGUGUCAUUUGGCUCAGCUUUCGUUAUUUCUUAUGUUACCGUUGUUGUCUCCCGCUGAUGGAGGAGCACCGCGACAUCACACCGAGCAGGUUCUGCCCCCGCCAUACCUCCACCUGCCCGUGUUCGUGGACUCGCGUGUGCCGCUGGUGGAGAGGGAGCGCUUCUCUCCGGCCAGAGGCUCCGGACAGGAACCUCUCCCUGCGGCCGUGCGGGAGAUCCUGAUCCCGACGGAGCGGCCCAGCAGUCCGCUCUUCGUGCGCGGUCCGAAUCCCGUGAGGACUCGGUGCAAGAUGAACAAGAUGCAUGUGCAGGUCGACCGAAGCUUGUUCGGUACCGAUGAACCACGACCGCAGCUCCGGCUGGGCUCGUGUGAAGCCAGUAACCACACGAAGGAUUUCCUUCACUUUGAAUAUGAAUUUGGCACGUGUGGAGCCACGCGCACGAUAAUUGAUAAUCAAGUGGCCUACUCUAACACGCUACGGUAUGAUCCACCAAAAAUCCAAGGACCAAUCAGAAGAGCUGUGCCCUUCUUCCUGUCUGUGGCAUGUUAUUAUAACAGGUACCAGUACUCGUAUAAAAUUGGCUACAAACCAAAGAUGCAGAUGCAUAAGAUCUUCAAAUCAAUGAAGAACAGGGCGAAAUUCACUCUCACCCCACGAAAUGUUAAAUGGGAAAGACUCUUUCCGUCGGAUCAGUUCGUGCUGGGAAAGCCCAUGUACUUUGAGGCCGAGGCGGUCUCCAUUUCUCCAGACAAAAGACUGUAUGUCCACUCGUGUCAUGUGACUCCUGAUAAUUCCCACACCUCCAAGCUUCAGUUUCCCGUGGUGAAGAAUUUUGGGUGUAUGACUGAAAGCAAGGAUAGUCACUCUAGAUUCAUCCCCUACAAAAACAACGUAGUCCGAUUCACUGUGGAUGCCUUCUUGUUUAAGGGAAUGACAGACCAGCAUCUCUACAUGCACUGCAACAUAUCUGUGGGCACGUCUGUGCCCUCGCCAACAACAAAGUCCUGCAACUACGACCCAAAAGCAGGAAGGUGGGUGGAGCUUUAUGGACCCCCCUCAGUCUGUAGCUGCUGUGACUCCAAUUGCAGCUCUGUGGCUUCUACAGCAAAGACCAAAACAAUCACCAGCAAAUUGUGGACAAUAAAGCCUGAAGUGAGAGCCUCCACAAUCCCAAAAAGGACGAUGGUGUCCACCACCUCCACCUCCUCCACCACGACCUCAGCAGCAACAACAACCACAGCUGUACCCCAACCAGGGACAGAGGGAGGGGUGACUGCAGGGGGCACGCAGCUGCAGGCUGGAGUGACAGCAGAGAGCACAGUGAAGGACAUGGACUGGCCCUUCAGAGGUGGAGGAGUGACGUGGGUUGGGUUGGAGGGGGAUCAGAAGCGGGUGAAGGGCUCUGCUGUUGUGGACCAGGAGACGGUCACAGAACCACACAGAAUAUUCGAAGAAACCUUUGAUUUUGACAAAUAAAAGUGACAUGAACAGUAA